UAUCAAUGGAUUUAAUUUUUUUUAAUCAAUGAAUAGUUUGAGAUGUAUUAAAAGGGUAUACUCUAUGUAAGCGUCUCCGAUUUACAUCCUAAUGUUUGGACAAGAAUGGAGGAGAAAUCUGCCUCAAGUUAUGAAGGAGCGGUGAGCUGGUACAUGAGAGUCUCUAAACUGGCCGUGGCCGUGGCUGUAAUAAAGAUCAGCCCAUCGGGAGGAGCCAGACAGUUCAUUGAAUCUCUGGCUGACCGACUCAGACAGCAGGAUGAAGGCUGGAGGUCUACAGCUCGAAGUCUCCAUGAAGAUGUGCUGCGUCUCAGACAAGAGCUGCUGCUCACCCGUUUACUGCUUAAGACGAAGAGUACUGAGGGGCCAGGGCAUGGUCAAGAGAUCGCCAGAGAGCUCUCUCAGGAUGACCCUCAUCAGUUAAAGGGUGGCUCUGGCUGUGAGUCACAAACACAGCUCACAGAGUGCUCACAAACACAGAUAUGUGUCGCCCAGGAACCAUGCUUUCCUCCGACUCCUCCAAACAGUCAGAACUUUUCCCACCAGGACAGGAAAUGGAAACAGGAUGACAGGCUGCUAAAACACAUGCGCUUCCUACGCUGCCUGAGUGGCUUGAGCAGAGGCUUUGAGUCAUCUCUGUGUCCUGAUGGUGACGUGGUCUGGGAUUCGGUGGUGCAGUUGAUGGAUUGUGUGGUGGAGGUUUUCCGGCAGGCACAUGUUGGACAGCCUCUGCAUCACCCAGAGCGGCUGCAUCAUGCCACACGGGUGCUGGCACGGACCCUGAGUCGAGAAGGGACACAGCGUGGGUGCUCAGCGCAGCACUUCAGCAAAGUGGAUGAUCUGUUGAAGGAGAUGAUCAGCUUAAUGCUCACCCAACAAAAACUCAAUUCGUUCUCAGUCCACGGCGUGCUGUCAGAGUGUCUGCUGGCUCUGGGAGGAAGUCCUGUUGUGAGAACUGCACUCGUUCGACUCCUGAUGUCUCAGAUCAUUCAGCUGGCACAGCAGCUGUGGGACACUUGUGAAAAGUCUAGAGAGGAGCUGCAUCAUCAGGUGGACUGGAUCUGCUAUGAAAAUUCAUUCUAUGUGUUCUGGCUUCUGGAACAUCUUGCCCAGGACAAUGAUUACAAUGCGAACAAGGAGCUUGCGAUCCAGCUGGAAACCAAAGCAUUUUCUCUCGCAGAUGAGUUUCCCUUGUUCUCUUUGUAUAUGUGGCGGAUCGGAGGUCUCUUCAGAUGAAGCCUCACUAAUGUCUUUUGCUAAAAUAUUUGCUCCUUUCAAAAUCUCACUUUCCAUGAAGUGCCUUCAUGUAAAAAAAUAAUUAUAAUAAUAAUUCAAUUAAUAAAAUU